AUGGCCAAUGUGCACAUCUUCUCCCAGAGGCACUCGAGCAACGUCCUGCGGAAGAGCCCUGACUUAGGCCUUGACCUCGUGAGCUGCAUCUGGCCCUUCAGCUCGUCGUCACCAAUGAUCUCCUUACACAUCCAGGGCUUCGUUUCAGUCAAGGCCAUUCUGCAGACGUGCCUCUUUGUGCCCACUGUAGCGUGACUGCUCGCCAAACUAUUCAGCGGGUACGGCGAGCGCGACAACAGCCUUGAGCGACACGAGAAUGUGCUGACGGUGCUGGCUGCAGAGGCAAAGAGGCAGCUGAACCGGGCAGAGGCAGAUUCGCCAUCGAGGGUGGCACCUCUGCAGAGUCUGACGAAGCCCAUGGCUGUGACAAGCACCAAGGGUAUCCACCUGAAGCGAUCCGGUGAUGAGACGAACAACCCACUCGCCUCUGAAAACACGCUACUGCCUAACACACAUGCGCUUCUCCACGACGCAGCGUAUACUGCAGACGAUGACCAGGAGGUUGUGCGAGACGCGCUUAUCGACUCGAGGGCUAAUGCGAGGAUACACUGCGGUGCGACGAAGUUCGCUCAUAAAGUGUGUAGUCACCGCUGGCGCUUGUGUGUGUAGUCGGCGGUGAGGGUGUUCGGUAAAUCACGUGAGCGGGCCUACGGUUCACGUGCCGUGACCGUGUCGUGCUUCCCAAUGGUGUUCUGGGCCCGUAGCUUUGUGGUUGCUACGGUCACCUACUGCCUGAUCUGCGACAUGCUCUUGUACCUGCAGGUACCACUCAUAGAGACGAGCUUCGACAUGGCCAAGGCAGACAGCUACGCGGAGGGGCCACAUUUCACGUGCGGCCUCUACACACGCGAUGGCGUCUGUCGUCGGUUGUCUUGCUGGUAGUGCAGGUGUGGCGGCGUUCUUGUGCAUCACCGCUAAGCACAGCUACCGACCCACUCUGACUGCCCCCAGACUCGCAGGGUCACUGCCUCCGUCUUCGACACUGCUAAUGUGGAGCGCUGGAGCCUCGCCGUCGGCAUCCUGGGCCACGCCAUGUACCUCAUGGGCGACGCCACUGUGUGUGAGGUGUGCUGCUACUUUGCCUGGGCGGCGACGGCGCUGCUCAUGCCGCGCGUCUGCCCGUGCGUCUCGGAGAGCAUGAUGCACGCCGUCGGCGCCGGCAGCGGAAACCUGAACUCGAGCGUGGCGGGCACGACCGGCUCGACUCUGCUGGGGAGGGUGUGGUUGGCCGCGUCGGAAGGCAUGGGGACGUACAGCUUCGGCAAGAUGGUAAUGCUGGAUGUUGUCGGUCGAUUCCUGCUGCUGCUGUUUGCUCUUCCGCAAUGCGUAGAAUUCCUCGGCUACACGGGUGUGUUGUCGAGGUCACCUACGUGUGGCGUCUCACCAUUCAACUGCGUGCCCCGCUUCCCUUUUCCCGUCUCGCUUACCUUUGCGCUCCUCAGUCGAGGCUUCUCACUGCGAGUGCUUCGUGUGUAA